AUGGAUGCCAAUAACAAUACGUGCAAUGACACUAUUGAUGACUUCCGCAAUCAAGUGUAUUCUACUGUAUACUCUAUGAUCUCCAUUGUGGGCUUUUUUGGCAAUGGCUUUGUACUUUGUGUUCUCAUAAAAACAUGGCAUGAGAAUUCAGCCUUCCAAGUAUGCAUGAUUAAUUUAGCAGUAGCAGAUAUCCUGUGUGUGUGUACACUGCCUCUCCGUGUGGUCUAUUACGUUCACAGAGGUAUUUGGCUCUUUGGUGACUUUUUAUGUCGCCUGAGCACCUAUGCCUUGUAUGUCAAUCUCUACUGUAGCAUCUUCUUUAUGACAGCCAUGAGCUUUUUCCGGUGCAUUGCAAUUGUUUUUCCGAUCCAGAACAUUGAUUUGGUUACACAGAAAAAAGCCAGGUUUGUUUGUAUUGGCAUUUGGAUUUUUGUGAUUUUGACCAGUUCUCCGUUUUUAAUGUAUACAUCUUAUAAAGAUGAGAAAAACAAUACCAAGUGCUUUGAGCCUCCACAAGACAAUCAAACUAAAAAAUAUGUUUUGGUCUUGCAUUAUGUGUCAUUGUUUGUUGGAUUUAUAAUUCCUUUUGUUAUUAUAAUUGUUUGUUACACAAUGAUCAUUUUGACUUUACUAAAAUCGUCAAUGAAGAAAAAUAUUGCAAGUCGUAAAAAAGCUAUAGGAAUGAUCAUAGUUGUCAUGGCUUCUUUUUUGAUCAGCUUUAUGCCAUAUCACAUUCAACGCACCAUUCACCUUCAAUUUCUACACAAUGAAACUAAAUCCUGUGAUUCUAUCCUUAGAAUGCAAAAGUCAGUGGUCAUAACGUUGUCUCUGGCUGCAUCAAAUUGUUGCUUUGACCCUCUUCUUUAUUUCUUUUCAGGAGGGAACUUUAGGAGAAGGCUAUCCACAUUUAGAAAGCAUUCUUUGUCCAGUGUGACUUAUGUACCCAAAAAGAAACCUUCUCUUCCAGAAAAAGAAGAAACAUAUAAAUAG